AUGGGGGCAGAUGCCAGCGAGUCCGCAGCUGAGGCUGUGUCUGCGGCUCCUGCUCUCAAAGCUUCAUCGGCACCGGCAGCCAGCCGUGGCAACGCCAACGCUGCUGUGCCAGAUGUGUGGAGCCUGUCACUCAGUCACCGUGGCUCCAGCAAAGACUGGCGAGGUUGGCUGACAAAAUGGCAUCCGGCCGCGGCAUUCCAGCUUCAAAUACUGGCCGCAGUGGCAGUUUGGAUGAGGUGCUCAAGCGUUGUGAAGAAGCCCUGUGCCUUCGGCCAAACCCCCGAUCGUCGCAGCCUGAUUCCGAGAUGUGAUGGUGGGUCUCGGCACUAUGCACCAAAGCGUGCACCUUCGUCUGUACACACACAAGCCUGGUUGUGA